AUGGAUAUCCUGUUGCUUCUGUGUGCCUUGCUUGUUCUUGUACCAAAUAACAAAGCAAGCUAUCAUCAUGUUCAGCAGCCCUGCCCGAAAUCAAGGUGUAGCCAUGAAGGUCCCCUGAUCCAGUUUCCAUUCCGUUUAAAGGGUGAUCCCCCCCACUGUGGAAAUCCAAAGUUUGAGGUUUCUUGCGGCAGAAGCAACAAUACAAAUGUGACAAUGAUUCAGCUCUCCUCAUCUUCAGGACUGUUUCCCAUCAACAAAAUCGAUUACAAUAAUAAAUAUUUUGGUGUCUAUGAUGGAGAUGGUUGCAUGGCGAAUCGCCUUCUUAAUUUUACAGUUUUUACUAAAUCCAGAUUGCUCUUUCAUCCAUCUUCCCACUCUAUCAGUUUGCGUUCUAGCAUUUGCAAUGACAAUUACGGUCCUGUGCAAUCUCCCUAUUCAGCUCAACAUCCAAAUUCAGAUUACGCGCAACCUCCCUACCCAGAUUCUGCCCAAUCUCCCUACUCAGAUUCCCCUCAAUCUCCUUAUCCAGAGUCAGUUCAAUUUUAUAAAAAUUUUGCAUUAUUAAAUUGUUCUACCACACUAAAUGUGAGCAGGAGGACAGACUACUACAUGCCCAUCAGAUGUCUCAGUGUCCCAGGGCACCAUCAAGUUCUUGCAGUUGAACUGUGGAGUUCUAUAGAUAACUUGGCAAACUUGCCGUUAUCAACCUGCACUACGUUGAAAAAGAAUUUCUAUCUUCCACUGAAAGUGGUCGAUGGCAGUUUCUACUGUGCACCCGACAAUGUUCUAUUAAUCCAGUGGAAACCAUGGGUUCAUUUCCCGGAAUGUCGAAACUGCAUAGGACGGUGCGAUAUGGAUUACAAGAGCAAUACAAUCGCGUGCUAUCCCUAUCCGAAUGCACAUGCUAAAGAUCCUGCAUAUUACCAUCCUAAUAAUCAAGAACAUAUGCCAAAGGGCCAUGACUCAACAAGAACAACUAGAUCAAUUAUCAUAGCACUGAUAUCAGCUAGUUCUGUUCUCAUAUCAGCAAUUGCGUUGGUAGCCAUCUGGUAUUACCUGAAGAAAUCAGAUAGGGUGGAGGAAAAGGAAAAUCAGAUCAAGAUUGAAAAGUUCCUAGAUGAUCACAAAUCCCAUGUACCAUCGAGAUACUCUUAUGCUGAUAUAAAGAAGAUGACCAAUGGAUUCAGGAAGAAGUUAGGUGGAGGAGGUUUUGGAAGUGUUUAUAGUGGAAAGCUUCCGAGUAAUGGAGUUCCGGUAGCCAUAAAAGUCCUCAAGGAUUCUAAAGGAAAUGGAGAUGAUUUUGUGAAUGAAGUGGGAACCAUUGGUAGAAUUCACCAUGUAAACGUGGUUCGCCUACUUGGGUUUUCUGCUGAAGGAGGCAAGCGUGCUCUUAUUUAUGAACAUAUGCCAAACAGCUCUCUGGAGAAGUUUAUCACAUCUAAAGAUCAAUCUAGGGAUACCAAUUCUUCAUUUGAUUGGAUGAAACUUCGCAACAUUAUCACAGGUAUAGCGAAGGGAAUCGAGUAUCUACACCAAGGAUGCGACCAGAGGAUCCUCCACUUUGAUAUCAAGCCUCAUAAUAUCUUGCUAGACCAUGACUUCAAUCCGAAGAUCUCCGAUUUUGGUCUGGCCAAACUCUGUUCCAAGGAAGACAGUCUUGUAUCUAUGACUGCUGCUAGAGGCACCAUAGGCUACAUAGCACCUGAAGUGUUUAAUGGAAACUUUGGAACCGUCUCCCACAAAUCAGAUGUGUACAGUUUCGGGAUGCUAGUGCUUGAAGUUAUUGGAGCUAGGAAGGAAUCGGUUCUUACAUCAGCCAACAGUGAGGUGUAUUUUCCUGAAUUGAUUUAUAAGUCUCUAAUGCAAGGAGAAGAGUUGGACUUGGAGCUAGGUGAUGAUGGAGAUGCUGAAAUUGCUAAGCGACUAGCAAUUAUUGCACUUUGGUGUAUUCAGUGGUACCCAGUGAACCGACCUUCCAUGAAAGGAGUUGUGAGAAUGCUUGAAGGAGCAUCUGAAAGCUUAAUCAUGCCGCCCAAUCCGUUCGCUUCCACUAGUCAAUCGGAUGCAACAAUAGCACUUCCAACUUAAUUUCCCCCACACUGUAGAGCAGUUCAUUUAUGUAAUCUUAUUCUACAUUUCUGUAACACCAAUAAAGAUACACCUACUAAUGCAAAUGGCC